CAGCAGAACCACUGGCUGAAAUCCAGGCGGCCACACUGGGUCCGUGGGAGACGUUUCCUUUGACCGGCCCUUUUGUGGGCCCAGCUGGGGAGCCUUUGGGGCAGAUGGAGUCGCUCCAGAACGCCUCUGCCCGCCUGGUCUCCCUCUUCAAGGACUUUCUGACCACCUACGAGAAGAGCUACCUGGACGAAAGAGAGACCCAAAAGCGCUUCCGGAUUUUCGCGGAGAACCUGGAGAGGGCCCGCCUCUAUCAGGAAAUGGAUCAGGGCACUGCAGAAUACGGCGUCACCAAAUUUAGCGACCUGACAGAGGAGGAGUUCCGCACUGCGUACCUGAAUCCACUCCUGGCGAAGCUCCCUGGCCGGCCAAUGAAAGUGGCCUCCAUCCCAAACGGUUCAUUCCCCGAGGAAUGGGACUGGCGGGACCACGGGGCUGUCACCGGGGUCAAAAACCAGGGCGAGUGCGGCUCCUGCUGGGCCUUCUCCGUAACGGGAAACGUAGAAGGACAGUGGUACCUUCACAAGGGUACCUUGAUUUCCCUCUCUGAGCAAGAGUUGGUGGACUGUGACCGUAUAGAUGAGGCCUGCGGAGGCGGCCUGCCUUCUAACGCCUACCAGGCUAUUGAGAAGCUGGGGGGCCUGGAGACCGAGCGGGAUUACAGCUAUCAAGGUUUCGAACAGAAAUGCGGCUUCUCCAAGGAGAAAGUGGCCGUGUACAUCAACAGCAGCGUGGCCAUCUCCACGGACGAGAACGAGAUUGCAGCUUGGCUGGCCAAGAACGGCCCCAUCUCCAUUGCUCUGAACGCCUUUGCCAUGCAGUUCUACCGCAAAGGCAUUUCCCACCCCUUCUUCGUGCUGUGUAAUCCCUGGAUGAUUGACCACGCCGUCCUUUUGGUGGGCUACGGCACACGUGAGUGGCUCUUUUGGGGUUGAGAGAAAUCCUGUGGGCCCGUCUGUUGUGCGUGCGUCUUGAUUGCUGGUUCUUCAUUCUGGAUUUUUCUUUGUGAGCCUCUUUUUUAAUGCUUUCUGUGCGCUCUGGACUCUCUUCCCUGGGAUGGCAGAACUGGGCCAUCUCUUCGGACAUGAACCUCAGCCUCCUUUGGAGGGAU